AGCGAGAUAGAGAAGGCGUGUGAUCUGCUGUUCAGCAAGUCCGAGACUUUAGACUACAAGUACGAUGUCAGUGACCGCACGGUGAAUGGGCUGUUAGUGCUACCAUUGUAUGGUACAAUGCUUGGUCACAAGCAACAACAAGUAUUUGCGCCCGCGCCAAAGGGUAUCCGAAAGAUCAUUGUUGCCACAAACAUUGCUGCGACUUCACUGACAAUCGAUGGCAUUGUGUAUGUGGUCGACUCGGGAUUCGUCAAACAGUCAGAGUAUAACCCAAGACUGGGUUUACAGGCACUGAAAGUAGUGCCUAUCUCGGUCUCUGAAGCCGUCCAACGAAAG